AUGCCAGCACACGUUCAGAACUCCCAAACUGUUGAUCACCUUGUGGCCGGUCAGUUUCUUCAAAGGAACCAGCAACGGGUUGUUCAUCAGGUCGUCGUAGACGGUGCCGUGGAAAACGUGCACGGUUCCGUCGUCGGCAGCAGAACAGAACAGCGGCAGACCGCCCUUGUGGUAGGCCACCGCACGCACAGCCUUGUCGUGGUACCGCAGGGUCUUAUAAGGCGUGGAGCUGAGAUCCAAAUCGUGCCACAGAACACGCUUGUCGUACGAACCGGCCAGAAUAUGGUCACCGCCGCGCGGAUGGAUAUCCAUGCACGAAAGCCAUCUGGCGCCCGGAAGCAGCUUCUUCUCCAGCUGCUGCUGCUGCAGAUUGUAAAUUCUAAUGUACCGUUGCGACAUCACCACCAAAAUCGGCUUGGAAGGAUGGAACUUAGCGUCCAUCACGAUUCCCUUGCUCUUGUUGAAUGGCGACUGCGACGCGUGACGCGAGAGCUGGUGGAUCAGAACAGACGUCUUGUGGCCUCCUUCGGGCGAAACAGUGACGAAAUAGUCGCCACGACGGUGCCAGGACACCCGCUUGAACGUUCCUGCAGAGGAACCUCCCUUGGAAACACGGAUGACGGCACAGACGCCGUUUCCGACCUGCUCGGAGCUGGGCUUGUGCCACACGGCCGCCGCGGUCUUGCCCGUGUUCUCACCGUCCUCGCCCUCGACGGUGUCGCUGCCGGUCUUGGCGUAACCCCAACCGUCCUCCACUAG